AGUAGCACAACUGCGGUGUCUCUAAUUGCGUAUUGAUUCGUUCUGAAGAUGCGACCUAUCAAAAUUAAUCAUUUUGGUAGUAACCUCAGCUCAUAAUACCUGAAUUGAUCUUAUCUUUCAAAUGGUUGUAUGAAACUGUAUACAGAGUAAUUAAUUAUAAGGACAGUUUACAGUCAAAGUGUCGUCUUGAUGACACCUUCCACAUCAGAUAAAUGAAAGUCAUCCUUUCAAGUUAAUUAUUUCUACCGGAUUGAAGAUUUUUGAAGCUAAAGACAAUGACGUCAAGAUAAAAACGAAAUUUUGUUUUCAAUUCCUAAGGUUUUAUUUAAAGGAACGCAAAAAUAUGAUUCGAUUUAUUUUCGUUAUUUCGUUAAUCGAUCUGGUUUUAGGGGGUGCUGGACUGUAUGGAGAAACCUUUGAUGUCGUACUUGGAGUCUUGUUGCCGUAUACUGGUAGCUGGCCAAUCGGUCCAAAAAUAGCUAGCGCAGCUGCCAUAGCCGUAGACGACAUUCAAAAAGACAAAUCACUUUUACAAAAUCGAUCCAUUGGCUUUAUUUGGAAUGAUACACACUGUGACGCGGGUGAUGGACUAUACGAAGUGGUUGAUUUCUGGUCACACGAGUCAGUUCUUCAUCUUCAUGGUUUUAUCGGUGGAGGCUGUGACAGUGUUUGCGAACCCACGGGUCUACUGUCAGCGGCUUGGAAUCUUCCUAUGAUUUCAUGGGGCUGUACGUCGACAUCUUUGUCUAAUAAACUUGAGUAUCCUACAUUUGUUCGUACUGUUGGUCCUUACUACAAGGCCGCACCAAUGAUCGUAGAGAUUUUCCAUCGUUUUGAUUGGUCGAGAGCUGCCAUACUCUGCUCCAGUGAACAUGUUUGGCAAUUAACUUCAUCAGAGGUGCGAAAUCAUUUGGAAGAUGCUGGCGUGUUUAUUUCACAGUACGUUAGUUUUGAUCCUGGGACAGAAUCUUCUGUGAUUGGAGAAGAUGAUCCUCAUUUUAUCUCAUUGAAAAAAACAAUAGAUGAAGCUAGAAUUAUCUUAAUAUUUGCAUACGGAGGGGAUGUUCGUGAUAUAAUGCUAUACGCAUUUGAUCUUGGCAUGAUCGACGGUGACUACAUCUUUUUCACCGUCGAUUUAUUCGACUACGCAUACGUAGGAAACAACACUUGGAUGGGAGAUGACGGCAGGGAUGAUGACGCCCUCUUGGCGUUUGGCAGUAUCUUCAAUAUACACAUACUGGAGCCAAGUACACAGGAGUAUAAGAAUUUUACGACUGAGGUCCGAAGAAGGAUGGGUACUGCUCCGUUUUAUGACCCUCUGGACGCGAAAUUUAAGGUUGAUGUGCAUGCCGCCAUGUUGUAUGAUGCAAUGUACUUGUACGCAGUGGCCCUUCACGAAGUACUUGAGGCUGGAGAAGACGAAUAUAGUGGGAAGAUGAUAGUUAGCAAGCUGCUAAAUAGAACAUUUUACGGGAUUUCUGGAAGAUUUUUUAUAGAUGAACAUGGAGAUCGCAUCUUAGACUUUGCCCUACAGGACAUCGAAGGAAUGGACGCGCAUGAUAUCGCUGAGUAUUAUUCAGAAACAAAGCGUUUUAUUUUCAAAGAAGGAGUUGUUGUUACUUGGCCAGAUGGGUCUACUACGCCGCCUAAGGAUCAUCCGGACUGCGGCUGGGAUAACGAAUUCUGCCAAUCCGCUACCAGCGUAGUGACAAUUAUUGGAGUCUCAGUUACUGUAGUUGUAAUUCUGAUAACGAUUGCAUUUACACUUGUGGGGUAUGUUUGGAGAUGA